AAGAGUGGGACGCCCACGAUUAUUAGAGGUGAGCAAAGUCAUUUGCCCUAAGUUGUAUUAAUUUGGUCAAAACUGGACACUCAACUUCAUGCACAACUACCUCUAUAUAAAUCAACAUCUACAAAGGGAAAAUCCAUCAAAUCCAGUUAUUAUUUCCUUUCUUUCUUGUGAUGAGAUGGAGUUUCAAUACUUGGUUUCCUUCUUUCUAUUCAUGUCCUUCCUCUUUUUUCUAAUUCAAAAAUGGAGAAGCUCCAAAACCCUCAAGAAAAAGCUCCCUCCUGGGCCAUGGAGGCUACCGAUUAUUGGAAGUGUGCAUCACUUGACAAAAGGAGUACCACAUCGUGUUCUCAAAAACUUAUCUGAAAAAUAUGGCCCUAUUAUGUACUUACAACUCGGGGAAGUUCCAACAAUAGUUGUGUCCUCUCCACACAUGGCCAAACAAGUUCUAAAAACUCAUGAUCUCGCUUUUGCAUCCAGGCCAGAAACGAUGAUGGGAAAGAUUAUUUGCUACGAUUGUACGGAUAUUGCCUUUUCUCCAUAUGGUGAUUACUGGAGACAUAUGCGUAAAUUGAGCACCUUGGAAUUACUCAGUGCCAAGAUGGUUAAGUCCUUCAGCCCAAUUCGGCAAGAGGAGCUCUCGAACCUCCUAUCAUCCAUCGGAUCAAUGGAUGUAGAUUUGCCAAUCAACUUACCAGAAAAGCUUUUAUGGUUUAUGAAUGCUGUGACAUGUAGGUCAGCAUUUGGGAAGGUGUGUAAAGAUCAAAAGGAGUUGAUAACAUUGAUUCAUCAAGCACAAUCAUUAUCCGGUGGAUUUGAGCUGGCUGAUUUGUUCCCUUCAAAAAAAAUUCUACAUGGAAUUAGCGGGAUGAAAUCUAAACUAAUGAAAGCUCGUAAUAAAGUAGACGUAGUCUUGGACAAUAUUAUCAAUUUGCAUAGAGAAAAUCGAGCAAAUGGAAGAAGUUGUAAUGGUGAAUCUGGAGCUGAAGAUUUGAUCGAUGUUUUUUUAAGAGUCAUUGAGAGCGGUGAAUUUCCAUUUCCCCUAACAAAUGACAACAUCAAAGCAGUUAUUCUGGACAUGUUCGUAGCAGGAUCUGACACAUCAUCUUCAACUGUUAUUUGGGCUUUAUCAGAAAUGAUAAAAAGUCCAAGUGUCAUGGCAAAAGCACAAGCUGAAGUGAGAAAAGUCUUUAAAGGAAAGAAAACAUAUGACGAUGAAACUGAUCUUGAAAAGCUUGAUUACCUAAAGUUAGUUAUCAAAGAGACACUCAGGUUACAUCCUCCAACUCCUUUGUUGGUCCCGCGAGAAUGCAGGGAGGAAACAAAUAUAGAUGGAUUUACUAUACCGUCAAAAAGCAAAGUCAUGGUUAAUGUAUGGGCAAUUGGAAGAGAUUGCGAGAGUUGGGAAAAUCCUGAAUGUUUUAAACCAGAGAGAUUCGAAAACAAUUCUAUUGAAUUUACUGGAAAUCACUUUCAAUUUCUCCCGUUUGGCGCAGGAAGACGAAUUUGUCCAGGAAUACAAUUUGGUUUAGCCCUUGUUACUCUGCCAUUAGCUCAUUUGCUUUACAAGUUUGACUGGAAACUUCCCAAAGGAGUUAAUGCAAAGGAUUUGGACAUGACAGAGGCAAAUGGAAUAUCUGCUAGAAGACAGAGUGAUCUUUACUUGAUCACAACUCCUUAUGUAUCGCCUCUUGAUUAACUAUGAAAUUUUUCUUUAAUAUU